AUGACAACAUACAAAAUGUAUCUUUUGUUGGGGCCACAGGUGAGCAAGCAAAGAUUCGCAUGCUGCCCGCAGGAUGUAUUUUUGCAUGUUUUCAACCAUACACUAGAAUACAUGGAUUGGAAUGACUACGAACUUAUGGCCAAAGACGCAAAACGUCGUGGAUUCGGUGAACAGGGGACAGGGUUCAACAAGACUUUAUCAGCAGAUGAAAAGAAAUUAUCUGAGAAAUUGUUUAAACAAUACAAUUUCAACGCUUUUGCAAGCGAUCACAUUUCUCUUGAGCGAUCAAUCGGAGAUACAAGAUCAGACGUGUGUAAAACUAAACAAUAUUUGAAAAACAUUCCACCAGCAAGUGUUAGUAUCAUUCUGUGCUUCCACAACGAGAAGAACUCAACUAUACUCAGAUCGAUUCACAGUAUCAUCAACAGAUCUCCAAAACAUCUUCUCAAAGAGAUCGUUCUUGUGGAUGAUUUCAGUACAGAUGAAGAACUAAAAAAGCCCCUUGAAAUGUACACACAACAGCACUUUCCCAUAGUUAGAAUUGUUAGAAACACCAGAAGGCAAGGCCUCAUCCGAACCAGAAUGAUCGGAGCUAACACCACAAGUGGAGACAUACUUGUAUUUCUCGAUGCUCAUGUGGAAGUUAACUACAACUAUCUUCCUCCUCUGAUAGAGCCAAUCGUUUUGGAUUACCGGAAAAUCGUGUGUCCACUUGUGGAUGCCAUAGAUCAUCAGACUAUGAACAUUCGGCGAAGCUUAGACAGUUCACGCGGAGCCUUUAGUUGGGAUUUGGUCUAUCAACAUUUGCCGGUCUUUCAGAAAGACAAAAGUGCACCUCACCCAGUACCAGUCAUGAUGGGUUCCGUGUUUGCCAUCAGUCGUAGGUGGUGGGAGGAGAUAGGAAGAUAUGACCCUGGACUGGAGGUUUGGGGAGGUGAACAGUAUGAAAUCAGCUUUAAGUCUUGGAUGUGUGGAGGGAGUGUGGUAGAUUCUCCGUGUGCCCGCGUGGCUCAUUUGUUUAGACCUCUCCCCUAUGUUUCAGAAGUAACCAAAGAUCACUUGGUGGACAGAAACUAUCUACGUGUGGCAAAAGUUUGGAUGGAUGAAUAUAUCGAGUAUGUGUUCCAGAGAAGGCCUAUCAUGCGCAAGAUCGAUCCGGGCAAUCUAACAGAACAGAUUGCUGUUCGAAAGAGACUCAACUGUAAAUCAUUUAAAUGGUACCUAACAGAUGUGGCCCCUGACCUUCUGAAAAUAUAUCCACCAAUUGAACCACCUAAUAAAGCGUGGGGUCUGCUAAGAAAUAUUUACAAUAAGUCCGCUUGCGUUUUCAAAGAACCAAGUGGUUGGCUACUUUUAGGCAGCUGUCUGCAAUCUGACAAUAACUUUUAUGUUUAUGAUUGGCGGCAGCACAUUAAAUUAUCGAACAAAUGUUUUACACGUGCCAACUUAGUAGGUAUCUUUAUGGCUGGCUGCUAUGAUUAUGAGCAAGUACCAAACCAACAGUUUGUAUGGGACCACAAGACAGGCCGCAUUGUUAAUUUCGUAACAAAGUACUGCAUGGAUGUAAAUCGGCAAACACAACAAGUUGUCAUGGCACAGUGUAACGUCUCAACAAUUACCCAAUCCUGGAUGUUUGAUUAUUUUAAUUCUACCCUGGUCAAUGAAGCUUGGGAAAAACACCGAGCAGAACUAAAUAUGUAA